AUGCCGGAUCAGUUAAGAAUAUCGUUACAUCAUAUUAGUCCUUUAAUCAAUGAUCCAACACGGAGUCGUUUCCCUCCAAAUACUUUAGUUUCAACUAUAUUUAAAGAAAUGAUGGUGGAAGAAUGGAAUGUAUCCUCGUCAUAUAAGGACUUUUACGAAUCAUGUGCACCGAUCUAUUGUACAUAUUCUGAAAAAAUGCGUACAAAUACUAUUGUGGGAAUAAUUUUAACAUUGAUGUCUGUGAUUGGUGGACUUAUUGUCUCACUACGUCUUAUCACACCGUAUCUUGUUCAGUUCUUCUUUUACUUAUGGGCAAAGACCAGCGAAAGACAUCAGAACCAACAACAAGACGAACAAGUUCAUGGAAACUGGUGCGAUCGAUUCAAAAUGACUAUGAGAAAUGUGAUCAAACUUUUGCAUAGCACUCUCAUCAAUCUAAACAUAUUUUCGUUGAGUGAUAUUGGUAGUACUCUUGAUCCGAUAAAAGCUAAACGUCUUGGUCAAUGGGCAACUCGUCUGUACAUUGCUUUAUUCAUCGGUGGUCUUAGUAUUCUCACUGUAUAUAACCUAAUUCAACCACAAAUGAUGACGAAAACGUUUAAUAAACCGCCUUUCAAUGUUUACAAGAAUCUGAAAAAGCUUUAUGGCGACGAAUUAAAAUGUCCAUGUUCAGUAAUUGCAACGGUAUAUAGCCAAUUUAUAGAAAUUGAGCCAACAUUUCAUAAGAUCUGCUCGAGUCCAUUCGCAUCGGAGGAAUGGCGAAUUGGUCUUACAGCUGGUCUUGUUUCUAAUUUGUCUAUUUAUGCACGAAAAGACUAUCGUCGUUUUCUUUCCCCUCAUUUACAAUUUCUUCAAGGAUUAUGCCAAUUUUCCAUGAAUGCAACAUACAAUUCAGUCAAUCAAUUUCUUACCUCAUUACUUGUCACUUCUGAACUUCUUUCAGAAACAAAUUUUCAUCAAAAGCUUGAAUUGUUGAUCGAACAGAGUAAAUCGAAUGCUCCUACAACCUUCCGUCAACUUCUCUUCUUAAUUCGAACUAUCAAUCAUGGAAAUGCUUUCAUGUCAACAUAUGGAACAAAUUUCGAAUACAUUGUACCCAAAGAUAGAUCUUAUGAAUCUUAUGCACCAACUCGAGCGCUAAUCUAUGAUGAUGCAUGUUCUUGUGGAUUAUGCUCAAAUUGUACAACUCAAGCAAGUUUUAUGACAUUCAAUUCUUCUGGAAUAAUUCCAAUAAAAGGUUUAAAAAUAGGAUGUACACCAACACCAAUUUGCAAAUCAAAAUUUCGGUCGAUAUCGAUGAACACAUCUAAUUUUGGUCUUGUUUCACCCGCAUUUGUUUUUGCUGAUUUUAACAAUGAUAAUCGACUUGAUCUUGUGAUUUAUUCUGCAUUCCGCAAUACUUUUAAUCUGCUAGUUGGCAAUGGUGAUGGAGGUUUUGGAGCAGAGAAUAUUUUUUCAAUAAAAAAUUUUAGUUUCUUGGCUCAUAUUGGUGUUGGUGACUUCAAUAACGAUAACCGAUCUGAUCUCGUUUUGACCAGUAGAACCCAUCUUGGUAUUCUCGUAGGAAAUGGCAAUGGAACGUUUGGAGGAUUGAAUACACUGUCGCUGGGAGCGAAAUGUACGCUAGAGGACAUCACUGUAGCCAAUUUCAAUCAUGACAAUUACUCAGAUAUCGCUGUCGUUAGUAUGAGGAAUAAUAAUAUUUGUGUAUUUCUUGGAAAGGGCAACGGCACUCUUUCAUUGCCAUUUAUGUUUUCUACUGGACAUAAUAGUGAGCCUCGAUCAUUAAAUGUCGGUGAUUUUAACAGUGAUGGUCACUUAGAUAUUGCUGUAACUAAUAAUAAUGCUGUGAAUGUUGGUGUAUUUAUUGGAUGCGGUAACGGAACUUUUGAAGUACAGAAACAAUCUUUUACCAUCAUUGGUUCUAAUCCGAUUAAUCUAGCAGUCGGUGAUUUUGAUGGUGACACUCAUCCAGAUAUUGUUACCUCUAAUGAUGAUGAGAACAUUAUUUGUAUCUUAUCUGGAUAUAGUAAUGGGAUUUUUGAUGUCAGACAAAAGUUUUUUAUAAAAUCUGUUUCGACAACACCUUCGGUUGCUGUAGGUGACUUUAACUGUGAUGGCCAUUUAGACAUCGUUGUUGGAACGACUGAUCCAUAUAGCAUAGAUGUACUACUCGGAUAUGGAGAUGUUCAUUUUGAUACGCAAACAAUAUUUUCGACUCAGCUGGAGUAUAGAGACAUUAAGGUCGUUGUUCAUGAUUUUAAUGGUGAUACUUAUCAAGAUCUAGCUGUUAUGUAUCUUCACACUAAUACUAUAGAUAUUCGUCUAAACAUAUGCGAAUGUUGCCCACGCGAAAUUCUCAAGAAAAACAACUCCAGUCUCCAAUAA